UUCUUUCAUGCACAUGCCCUCUGGUAAAUUAAAACAAAACAAAACACACAAACAAAACGGGUACUUAUCUCUCCCACCACAGAAACUAUUUGCUCAAAAUUGCUUCCUCAAACAUAUUUGGUCAGUCAUCAACACAGUGGUGGGUUUCUUCUUUCACAGCAACACAUAUUUUCCAAUUUUACUUUGGGAAUUAUAAAUACCUGAUUUUAUCCUUACAGUUUUGGCUUUUCCAGAACGUCACAGUAAUAGGAGCAUAAGGCAUGUAGCCUUGAGCCUGUCUUCCUUCACUGGGUAGAAGGCACUGGAGAUUUAUCUACACUGUUGUAUCACCAGGUCCUUCAUGUUCAUCGCCAAGUAGUAUUCCACUGCAUAGCCAUACUGGUCUGUUUUAUAGAAUUACACGUUGGUGGACAUUUGUUUGGUUUCCAAAGCUGGUAUAAACAUUUGUGUACAGGCUUUUGUGUGUGCACGUCUCUUCAUUUCUCCUACAUAAACUCCCAGGAGUAGGAUUGCUGGGUUGUAUGGUGGUAUGUUUAACUUUAUAAGAAAUGGCCAAGGGCCAGCCCUGUAGCACAGUUAUUUGGAGCUGUGCACUGCGAGCUGGAUCCCAUAUGGCCGACUGCAGUUUAAAUCUAGACAUUUGGGCAUGCCUGUCCAAAAUACUGACAGGAAACAGAAAUGGAGGAAAGGGAUUGCCAUACGACUACGCCCUCACUCCAGGGUGCCUUCUGUCUUCUUCCUCUGAUGAGCAUACCCACUCUGCCAAUUAAGGAAAAAAAAAAAAAGGGGGACAAAGAAAUGGCCAAAUUGUUUUCUAAAGAACAUAUAUUGCAGCCGGGUGGGUUCCGCCCCUUGUGUCAGGGGAGGCAGGCUCCCACCGGCCUGUGGAGCUGCAGCCACCCCUCGCACCCUCCUUGCCAACAUCAUGUUCCAGUUCCUGCUUGGAUUUACUUUGGGCAACAUGGUGGGAAUGUAUCUGGCUCACAACUAUGACAUACCAAACCUGGCUAAAAAGCUUGAAGAAAUUAAGGACUUGGAUGUCAAGAAGAAUCCUCCUACUUCAUGAGGCCUACUCCAACACUGCCUUCUGGAUACACUGAAUCUACUAUUGAGGGCCUUCUUUACCAUUCAAACCAAAAGCUUUUGUUUUCACCUCCAGUCUCAAUGAUUUCCUUCUUUGCUAGACGCUGUAUUGCCUCAAAGCAAAAAUGGGGCCACAGUUAAGAACUAUCCUUAUAUUUCCAACAUCUUCACCUCUUUCUAUAUUCUCCUUCAAGCUGCUUGGGAGGUUCUGAGAUUUUCUGGAAUUACGGUGCUAGAUUAGUAAAUAAGACAUUUAAUCUGAAAAGAAAAAAGAACAUUUAUUGCAGCCAGCAGGUGGCGUGGAGGUUAAGGU